UUACAACCUCAACCUUCAAAAUGUUAUCUCCUAACUCCUUUACAAUCAUUCUUGUCCCAUUGACAAGCCCUCUACUAACUGCCAAAUUCUUUAAAAGAAUUACAAUGCAACCUUCUUUAAGGUGUAACCGGUGUGGUGGUAUUGAAGCAGGAUUUAGUAAAUUCAAAGCUUCAAUAUCGUUCUCGCAUUCAUCAAUAUCCAUUGGCGAUUCGUCAACGUUCGAUACGUCCGUUGACAAAUAAAUCUUUUCCUUGGUCGUAAUCUUUUUCAGCAUGUCUUCAUUAAUCACAUUCACUGUGUCAUUAUGUGGCGCUAAGAUCAGUCUGUUAAUGAGCUCUUUCGGAUUCGAAAGAGCUUGGC